GAAGGGUUAUUUAAGCCAGUUGAAGAGAAUGAUGUUCUUGCAGUUGCUCUUAAGAAAAAGCCCAAUGGUAGCAGAGUACAGGGUGUAGGGCACUUCAUAACCCCAACAACGUACUUCCACAGGCCAAGUGCUGCGAUAACUCAGAAGGAAAAAGAAAAAAAAAUAUGCGAUAAACGAUACGAGAUGAUGUUAGAGAAGUUUGAUGAAAUGAAAACUUGUAUGUCGAAUGGUUUUAGUGAAAUUGGCAGCUGUAGUAUUGCCAAUAAGUCUCAAAAGAGAAAGGCUGGCGGAGAGGUGGAUCAGCCCAUGCUUACUCCUAGGAAAUCUCCUAGACUGAAGUCAAAGCAGACUAAAUUCAUGAAUGGUGAGAAUGAACAACUUGAGGAAGAGAGUGAAGGAAACAAAAAUAGUACUGCGGUGAUGAAGAAAUCAAGGUAUACUCCUCGGAAAAGGCUUUUUGAAACUGUUCCUAGAAGAUCGCCUCAGCAGAUAAAAAUAGAGACUUCACCAGACAUGUGUGACGAGGAGGAUAUGGAUGAAGAUGAAGAGCAGCCUCUGCCAAGGGUUCAAAGUUUCCAUAGAGAGGAGGGCACAAAUGAUAGAAAACUCCCUUCAAAGUUGCAAAGUUUUGAGGAUGAUAUGGAUGAAGAGCAGCCUCUGCCAUGGGCUCAAAGUUUUGAAAGAUAGAAUGCCAAUAAUGAUAGAAAACCUCUUUCAAAGUUUGAAAGUUCCAAGGAGGACAUGCAUGAAGAUGUUAAGCAACCUCUGAAGGUGAUGAUCACAACAAAGGUUGAGAAAGAAGUGAUUGAUGAUAAUCCCGAAGAGCUGGAGAGGUGUGAUGUGUUGGUUGUCAAAGAGAAGAGGGCAAAAAUGAAACCAAAAGCCACAGUAAAUAUGCAAAGAAGGACUAGGUCGGUUUCCGAGAAGAAAAGAGGUCAAAGUGCUAGCUUGCGGAUGUUUUCUAUUUUAGUUGAGAACUGUUUGGGUGAUGUGGGCACAAUCAGCCAAGGUCCAGAAAUAUUUGGGUUUGAAACUAAAUCUGUGUUUAACAAGGAUGUUUGCCGGUUGGUCAUCAACUUUGAGGAGGUUACAAACUCUAUAGUUGAGAUUUGGGCAAGGUACUUGCUCGAAGAAAUGGUAAAUGAAGGAGGGGAGCUACUUGUUCAGUUUGGUACUUCUGCUGCUGUAUGCAUACCAAAGAAGCCAUCAGUGCAAUCUGUUACAAGAAGGUCCCAGUAUAUAGCUGAUCUUUUAGGCAUUGCGUUGCUUGGACAGAUCACAUUAAUCCCCUACAAUACUGGCAAUCAUUGGGUGUUGGUCGCAAUUGACACGGCAAUGCAAACGGUGUAUUACCUGGAUUCUAUAGGAGGAUCUCCAUCAGAAGAUUUGGAAAGAAUAGUGAACCAAGGAGUGAGGAUUCAUCACGCCUCAACUUCUAAGAACAGGAUGAAUCUGAAAUGGGUGCGUGUCAUG